AUGAAUGCCUUACAGAACAGCCCACGCUUUUGCAUCAUAUUGGACCAUUGGACAGAUGGGUCUACUGGGUGUACAUACUUUAUGGAGCUGAUUGAGAUUGAAGGGUGCGAUGAGCAGUUCAACACAUACAAAAUUCUCUCAAAUCCCGCCAUUCAAAACCGCUUAGGUUCCACCAUCUGUUCUGUUAUCGAGUGGAGCAUACGCGAGCUUAUGCUCACUAGUGAACUCACAAAAGCUAAAGUCGAAGCCAAUCAGUCAGAAGCAAUCAAUAGUGAUUCCACUAAGCGACUGGUUACUGACUCUAAGGCUACAGUUCUCUUAGCCGAGUCCUCUCUAGAAGCCAACAUUGAUGCUUCUGGGUUUGUUGCUACACCUAAAGCUACACCAGAACUGAAUGAAGCAGCUGAUGGUGAUAAGCCCCUAGGAGUUCAUCAAACUGAUGAUGCAGACAUGCUUGCUCUGUCAUCAGGCUCAGAAGGCAAUUGCAACUCUGGUAUCAUUGAAGAAGAUGAUAGUUCUGAUAAAUAA